ACAGCUGAUCUGUAAAAGUGUCAAAAAGUGCGCGUUGUUUGCCGGGUUUGCUGAAAGUUUUUACAGAAAAUCGUUAGAAAACAUUCACAUUUAAACGCUAACAUUUUCGAGAAAAAUAAUUGAAAUAAAACAUUAAAAACAUUAAAAACGACGUAUAAUGUCUAUAAGCAAUCCAAAUUCACCGUCACAGCGAAGUCCACUGGUGGAUCGCACAUUGGAUCUUUAUCUCAACAACCGGCGUUCUCGAGAGUGUCUCAAAUGGGGCUCCCUCAACAUUGUCCUUUUAUCAGUCAUCCUGUUUGAUAUCUCCAAUAAAUGUCCAUAUUCAUUCUCCCAGUGGUACUACCUAGAAUAUGCGGCGGCUGCAUUGUUGGCUACCAGCGUUGUUUACUACUUCUCGUGCUACUUUUUCCAUCUGUUCAGUAAAGAACCACUAAGAGGAACGGAUUACCAGCGCAAACUAUUGAAAUUUGACGUCGAUGAUAAUUCAUUCAUCACUACAGCACCAGCUGCAAAGAAAGAGUCGGCCAGCGCGUCUGUCAACCCCGGUAGCGAAUCUUUUGUUAGUUUGCAUUCGUUCAACGAGAGUGGUCUCAGUUCCGCCUCGCCAAGCUGGGUUUUCAACCGGGGUAGUCCCCAGCAUCAAGGAACGACGGAUGAGCGAAGCUUUACGAUGGAAGGUUCGUUUAAUGCCAGCGGUAAUAAUUCCUUGAACUUCAGCAUGAAGAAGAUUGCGAACAAAAAUGAUUUCAUUGUGGAUGAAAAAGGUUUGCAGAGCUACUUGAGAGAAGUUUCUAAUGACGAAAGAAAUAACAGCUCCUUUAUGGAACGGAUGAGUACUUCCGGAAGUACUUUCCAUUCUUUCUGGAAUAGUUAUAAACUUGAUGACAUGUCGAACUUGCUGAAAACCUCCCUCUACCAGCUGUCGCCUUCGGCCCCACCAACCAAGCAAACAAUGAAAGAGCACGAGAGCGGUCCUUAUAAUCCGAUUGACUCAGAAAUUAGUUCCGAAGUACUGAAGAAAAUUUCAACGGUGCAGUUGUCGAAUUAUGUUGCUAACUUAAGAAUGUGGAUAUCUCUAACAAUUCUGCAACAAAUUGUGUCUGAGAUGAAUAAUAUUGACCAUUCGUUUAAAAUGCGUGGUUUCUCCGAUAUUCAACUGGGAAGCGUUGGUUUGGAGCGUCUUAAGAAAACCGCAGAAAAUCAGCAGCUAGUGACGCUGUACAUACCGAAGCUGCCCUUGUUGAUACCGUUCUUGGAAAUGUCCACUAAUCAAGAGUAUUUAGUGCAAAGAAUUAAGGAUUUUUCCAAGGGCAGCUGCAUAACCGAUUACCGAUGGAAUUCUGGAUCGUCCUAUAAGGGUCUCAGUUGGGACGAACAUUUACCAACGGAUUCCGCUAUUAUCUUUCACCUAUUUUGUACCUAUAUGGACAGUCAGUUGCGACCGCUACCACAGCCCGGAGGUCGCCCAUUUUAUCAUCGAUAUGUGGUGCUGGCAGAUAAGAAAACUCCCAAAGAAACACUUGCGGAAGCUAAGACUAAAAACAAGGCCAAAUGUGCCAUUCUUUGUUCAAACCCGAUGAAACCCAAGUUCAAUUUCAUUUCCGAUGAUAAAAUUCAUAAUAGUGCAUAUGAUCGCAACAAUCUUUUCUACGUCAUUAUUCAGUUCCUAAUUUAUAUGAAAAAUCAUCACGAGGGCUUGGUUGAAGGCAUCAACCUGGGUAAAAGUGGUAUCAACAUUCUCUGCGUGGUGGAGGACUGAGAACCAGGUAUUAUCUAUUCGUCGCUUAAUAAGCCCAUUUUUUGAGGCCUCAACUAUUUAUUUUGGAAUGAGCUCACCAGAUGGUGUGUUGACUUAUUUUGGAAUGAUAUAUUUGUAACUCUAGAGACUUGAUGUGUGGUAAUUGUCAAUUUCAACGUACGAGGAUUGUCAUCUUGAAAAUUCUUAUGGCUGAAGUGAAAAUUGCGAACAAGAAUAAAUACUCUAUCCUGUAUAUUUUCCAAAAGAGAGUACAAUAUUUUCUAUUCUCUGAUUCAUUUUCUUAAUUAUACCUCACGUUCCAACGGA